AUGCCUUCUCUUGUUGGUAAAGAAGUCGGCCCUACCGGGUACGGCACCAUGAGAAUGACAUGGAACCCUCAGCCUCCAUCCCAGGAGACAUGCUUUGAGACCCUGAACACGGCUCUCGAGCUGGGUGCCAACUUCUGGAACGGUGGCGAGCUCUACGGCACCCCGGAGUUCAACUCUCUCCACCUGCUGAACCAGUACUUCACCAAGUACCCCGAGAAUGCCGAGAAGGUCGUUCUCAGCAUCAAGGGUGGCUUGAAACCGGGACAACUCAUUCCCGAUGGCUCCGAGGAGAACAUCCGUCGUAGCGUGGAUGAGUGUCUCCGUGUCCUUGACGGCAAGAAAAAGCUUGACAUCUUCGAAUGUGCCCGUCAGGAUGCGAAAUCCCCUGUUGAGAAUACUGUGAAGGUCCUCGCGGAUUAUGUUAAGGAGGGCAAGAUUGGAGGCAUUGGUCUGAGUGAGGUUGAUGCGGAGACAAUUCGUCGAGCUCACAAAAUACACCCCAUCGCCGCUGUCGAGGUUGAGAUGUCACUCUGGUCUACUGAUAUCCUAGAGAACGGCAUCGCCAAGACCUGUGCUGAGCUCCAGAUCCCGGUCAUUGCUUACUCGCCACUGGGUCGGGGUGUGCUCACAGGAGCUGUCACCUCCCUCGCAGACAUUCCCGAAGGUGACUUCCGACGACACAUGUCCCGCUUCCAAGAAGAGAACUUCCAGGAAAACCUGAAGCUCAUCAAGGCUGUCAGUGACCUGGCCACUCGCAAGAGCGUCGCCCCGGCUCAAAUUGCCCUGGCCUGGAUUCGCAGCCAGAGCGGCAGGCCAGGUAUGCCCACUAUUAUCCCCAUUCCUGGCGGUACUACGAAGGACAAGGUGGUUCAGAACAUGGGUGGUGUGCAGACGUUGACAGAUGCUGAGCUCGCUGAGAUCGAUACCAUUCUGAAGGCGCACGUUGUUGCUGGGCCUCGGUACUAG